AUGAUCCCUUCGACGCCUGACGAGGAAAAUGUUCGGCGGCCGAGUUUCCAGGAAAAUGCCAAUUGGGCAGCUUAUGGGCUUGAUCCUAUAAUGGCUACCAUGUCCAACGUGAACCCAGACGCCGAAGCACAACCAAACACAGAGGAUGCCCCAGGUCAAGAUGUAGAAAAGUCGAUCAGUGCGUGGCUUUGCGUUCUUGGAUCCUUUUUGGCGUUGGUUCCUACAUUUGGCUUCAUGAACUCCCUCGGUACAGUCCAGUCAUAUCUCAGCAUAAAUCAACUUCACAACUACAGCGAAGGAGAGGUCGGUUGGAUCAGUGGCAUGUUUCUUUUUCUCUCUCUGAUCUUCAACGUCCAAGUCGGUCCCAUGGUAGAUGUUCAUGGCCCCAACAUCAUCGGCCCAGUAGGAGCGGUUCUAUACGUCGCCAUGUUCCUCCUCAUGGCCGAAUGUAGCGAAUACUGGCACUUCAUGCUCUGCCUAGGAGUGUUUGGUAGUAUCGGCGCUGCAAUGACAAUGGUCGUCGCGAUAGCUGUUGUGGGAAAGCUCUUUGUCCGCAAGCGUGGUCUGGCCAUGGGUAUUACACUCGCAGGAUCAUCCAUCGGAGCUGUCAUGUUCCCUCUUAUCCUACGAUCUACAUACCCCAACAUUGGAUGGCAGUGGUCUAUGCGAAUCAUGGCGUUUAUAUCAGCUGGUUUGCUCCUCCCCAGCAUGAUCUGCUUCAUCCCUUUCAACAAGCUCUACAAGAACUCUACAGCCGCGGGAGGUCAGGCAAGCCCCAAGAGUUCGACACUCAACUUCACAGCCUUCAAAUCUCCUGCGUUCUGUUUCGUCACAGGUGGAAUUUUCAUGUUUGAGUUUGUCAUCUUCAGUAUUUCGGGUCUUUUGCCGUCUAUUUCUACGCGCGUCGGCUUCACUCCCGAGAACGGCUUCACUUUACUUGCUGUUAUCGGAUCGACGUCUACGCUUGGUAGAAUCAUUCCGGGGAUUAUCGGUGACAAGUACGGGCAUUUCAAUAUUCUUCUUGCUAUGGCUGUCUUUACCAUUGUCUUCAUGGGUGCGCUGCUUGUUCCUUUUGGUACCAAGUCGGCUGCGGCUCUAUAUGCUUGGUCUGCCCUCUGGGGUUUUGGAUCUGGCUCAUUCCUUUCUAUUACACCUGUGUGUAUGGGUAAAACCUGCGAGGCCAAAGACUAUGGACGUUAUUAUGGCAUGAUGAACUUUGUCACUGCGUUCGCACUCCUCAUCGCUCUCCCCACCAGUGGUGCCAUGCUUGAGAACAUGGGACCUGAGGCUCUAGCUGGUCUAUUCACUGCUUUGACUGCCGUGGGGGGAGCUUGCAACGUCGCUGCUCGAGCUCUCCUUAUUGGGAAGUGGCUAUCUCCAAAGACUAUUAUAUGA